GGAAAAUUUCUUAACGCUACAAAACCAAGAGAAGCUUUUUUUUUUUUUUUUAAUUUUACUCCUUCCGUCCGCGACCCUCUAAAGGAAUCGAUUGCUCAUUUCUCCCUUCUCGUCUGCGCAAUCCCCUAAAUAGCAGGAGAGGGAAGAUCUGGAGCUGCAUCAAAAUCAGCGAUCAGCGGAGGAGAGGGAGGUGGUGUACCAAUGGGUCAAGCCUUUCGGAAGCUCUUUGAUUCUUUCUUCGGCAACACCGAGAUGCGGGAACUCGGAUAUGACUUUGGUUAUUCCAGUUCUUGAUUGAUUCUUAUUCUUAUUGCUGGCCUAGGUUGUGAUGCUGGGACUGGAUGCAGCUGGUAAAACAACUAUACUUUACAAGCUACACAUUGGAGAAGUUCUAUCUACGGUCCCGACAAUAGGUUUCAACGUGGAGAAAGUACAAUAUAAGAAUGUGGUGUUCACUGUUUGGGAUGUUGGAGGCCAAGAAAAAUUACGACCACUUUGGAGGCAUUAUUUCAAUAAUACUGAUGGCUUGAUAUAUGUGGUUGAUUCCUUGGACAGAGAGAGGAUUGUCAAAGCAAAGGCAGAGUUUCAGGCCAUAAUCAAAGAUCCGUUUAUGCUUAACAGUGUCAUCUUGGUGUUUGCCAACAAACAGGAUAUGAAAGGUGCAAUGACUCCAGCGGAAGUAGGCCAAGGGUUGGGCCUAUUCGAACUCAAAAACAGAAAAUGGCACAUACAAGGGACGUGUGCGCUAAAGGGAGAUGGGUUAUACGAGGGCCUGGACUGGUUAUCUAGUACUCUGAAGAGAUGAGAGCUGCUGGAUACUCUUCAGUUGGACCAUCAGCAUUCUGAAAUUCCAGAUCGCGUGGAUACAGGUUCUUAGUGAAGCAACUGGAGAUUGAUUCCAUGGAAGUGGCCAAUUUGUAGAUUUUUGCGGGGUUUUGUCUCCCUUGUACUUCCGUAGUUGCCUGAUGCAACUUUCACUUCGAUCAGUGUAUAUAUUGGAAAGAUGUAUAACUCGCAUCCUAACUCAGGGUUUCUUCAAAUCUGGUUUGGAAUUGAUUACGGCCUUGUAUAUGGUCAUCACAUCAACGAACUCUGCCUAUGACUAUGGUUAAUUAGUCUUCGUGUAAAUUACAAGGUUGGUCACUGGGAUUACUAAAACAGUUUGGUC